AUGAAGAAAGCACUCAAUCUGAGGAAAGGGAGUGUUUUCAGGUCUACCGUAGCUGCUAUUUCACUAUCCAUGGCAAGUAAAUCUAGUAGAGGAGGCUUACGUUUAUCAGAAGAAGAAGCAGCCAUCCAAAUUGGUAAAGUGCUGGGGGUAGCUUGUGAUGGCAAAGAGGAGGAGGUGAUUAGCAAGCUAGAGGAAUUGGAGGCCACAGAUAAAGGAAAAGAGAUACAAUCUUGGAAUAUUAGAGGUCUUGGCAGACCAAAGAAAAUGAGAAAAAUCAAACAAAGUUUGGCAGCAAGGAAAAUCAAAUUUGUGAUACUUCAUGAAACAAAGAGAUCAUCAAUUACCGAAAUAGUAAAGUCUCUCUGGUAUGAAGAUAAUUUUGAGUAUCUGGCAGUGGACUCGGAAGGAAGAGCUGGUGGGUUGCUAUGUAUUUGGAAUAUAGGGGUGUUUCAAUUGGAUGCUUGCUGUGGAAACCGUCAUUUUAUCCUACUGUCAGAUUUAGUAGAGAAAUUUUGGUCAGAUUUCCAGGUGGAAGGUUGGGCUGGCUACAGAUGUAUUAUGAAGUUCAAAACCUUGAAACACAAAUUAAAGGUGUGGAACAUUAAAGAGUUUGGGAAGCUUGAGUCUAAGCUUAAGGCUACCGAAGAGGAAGCCCAUGCUAUAAAGCUAAUUGCUGAAGAAAGGCCUAAACUGUUUGGCCAGUUCAAAAAUAUUGGAGGUCGUUAUGCAGUAGAUCUGUUGGAAGCAGAUUUUACAAAAGAGGAAGUUAGAAAUGUUAUCAAGAGCAGUGAUGGCAAUAAAGCACCUGGGCCUGAUGGGUUUAUUUUGGCCUCUUUCAAGAAAUGUUGGACAAUAGUCAAACCUGAGGUAAUGCAAUUCUUAAGAGAGUUCCAUCAAAAUGCCUCAUUGCUUAGUGGUUUAAAUAGCUCUUUUAUGGCCCUAAUCCCAAAAAUAGAUAGCCCAUCAAGCUUGAGGGAUUAUAGGCCUAUAAGCAUCAUUGGUUCCUUGUACAAAAUUCUAGCUAAAGUCUUAGCAAAUAGGAUGAAACAAGUGAUGCCAAUGAUUAUUAGCGAGGCACAAUCCGCAUUUCUUGGGGGAAGGAAUAUCCUAGAUGGGAUCCUCAUUGCAAACGAGAUAGUUGACGGGUGGAGAAAAUCAAAGAAGAAAGGUUUGGCGUUGAAAUUAGAUUUUGAGAAGGCAUAUGAUUCAGUCAAUUGGGAUUUCUUAUUCAAUAUGUCAUCUAAUUUUGGAUUUGGGGAUAGAUGGGCCAAGGAAAUGGGUUUGAUCAAAGGGGUUGUCAUUGGGAACAAUGGGGUCACAAUAAUGCAUCUGCAAUUUGCAGAUGAUACAAUACUGUUUUGUGAAGCUGAGUGGGUGGAAGUGGUGACCAUCAAACGAAUUCUUAGGUGUUUUGAAAUCCUCUCGGGGUUGAAAAUAAAUUAUCAUAAGAGUGUUAUCUGUGGUGUUGGAGUUGAUGAUGGACUAUUGCAUGAAUUUGCCUCCAACCUAAAUUGCCUUCACCAGAAGCUGCCUAUAAUGUAUUUGGGAUUGCCAUUGGGGGUCAACCCAAGUAGGAGAAAUACUUGGAAACUUGUUCUUGUCAAAUUCAAGCAGAAACUGGCCAACUAG